GAGGGACCCCUAACGACCACAAUCUCUGUAACACAGUUCCAUGGCUCACUAUAAUCUCACUUCACUCUCUUCCAUUUCCACGCUUUGUUUCCAACAACUAUUAUUGCUCAUUCAGACACAGCAAAGCCAUGGCAACUGCAUCUCCAAUGGCUAGCCAGCUCAAAUCCAGCUUCACUUCCCCAGUCACAAGAGCUUUGCUCUCACCCAAAGGCCUCUCUGCCUCUCCACUUAGGCUUUUGCCCUCCAGAAGACGGUCUUCCUUCACCAUCAAAGCCAUCCAACCUGAAAAGCCAACUUUCCAAGUGAUUCAACCUAUCAAUGGUGAUCCAUUCAUUGGAAGCUUGGAGACUCCAGUAACAUCAAGCCCCUUGAUUGCUUGGUACCUCUCCAACCUCCCAGCCUACAGGACAGCAGUCAGCCCACUUCUGAGGGGUAUUGAGGUGGGUUUGGCCCAUGGAUUUCUCCUUGUGGGUCCAUUUGUCAAGACUGGUCCUUUGAGGAACACACCUUAUGCUGGAGGAGCAGGCUCAUUGGCUGCUGCUGGUCUUGUUGUUAUUCUUAGCAUUUGCUUGACAAUGUAUGGAGUUGCAUCCUUCAAUGAAGGGGAGCCAUCCAUUGCUCCCUCUUUAACCCUAACCGGGAGGAAGAAGGAGCCCGACCAACUGCUAACGGCCGACGGAUGGUCCAAGUUCAGCGGUGGAUUCUUUUUCGGGGGAAUUUCUGGUGUCAUUUGGGCCUACUUCCUCCUCUAUGUUCUAGACCUUCCCUACUACUUCAAAUAGAUGUGGCUUUUUUGUUCAUCUUUGCCUCCCCAUAUUCAUAUGAUGUAUUUUGUUAUUCUGUGAAGGAAAUGAAAAUUUGUAUAUUUGAUGUUGACGACUUUUUAGUAACUAAUGCAACUUUUAAGUUUGGACUUCCGUGUUAA